UCACCACGACGACAACGACCACGACGCCGACGACCACGACAACGCGAGCGAUAUUUCGUUUCCUCAUGUGAGUGCCGAUCGAGGAAGACGAAACUCUACGCUAGUCAGUGACUCGUCGAACUCGCUGCAACGAUAUGAGCCACGCGUCAGAGCCGUGAACAGUCCCGGAAGUGACAGGACAGACAGGGUACGGCCGCGACCACCGAUGGCGGCCGCGAGCUUUCCGCCAAACUUCUCGAACGUCGGCAUAUUGGAGAACUGCGCCGGCAUGGAGGCGGCGAACGGUGCGAUCGAGCACGACUUUCACAAUGCCUUGGUGCCUAUAAACGGUAGCCAUUCCGGCAGCUCCGGCAGGAGUACACCGAAUGGCGGCGAUCCGGCACCUGGCAAACUCUUCGUCGGUGGCUUGUCCUGGCAGACCAGCAGCGAGAAGCUCAGGGAGUAUUUCGGCAUGUUCGGUACCGUCACCGAUGUCCUGAUCAUGAAGGAUCCGGUUACACAGCGUAGUCGCGGCUUCGGUUUCAUCACGUUCGCCGAGCCCGGUAGCGUGGACAAGGUGCUGAAGUGUCCAAUCCACACGUUGGACGGGAAGAAGAUCGACCCGAAACACGCGACGCCAAAGAAUCGCGCGAAACAGGCGAAUCGGACGAAGAAGAUCUUCGUCGGCGGCGUGAGUCAGGAUACCAGCAGCGACGAAGUGAAGGCCUAUUUCAACCAGUUCGGCAAGGUGGAGGAGACGGUUAUGCUGAUGGAUCAGCAGACGAAACGACAUCGCGGCUUCGGGUUCGUCACGUUCGAGAACGAGGACGUGGUGGACCGCGUGUGCGAGAUCCACUUCCACACGAUCAAGAACAAGAAAGUGGAGUGCAAGAAGGCUCAGCCAAAGGAGGCGGUGCAACCGGGCGCGUUGACCCUCGGGAAGAGGGUGGUGUUGGGCGCGCUGGGCGUUCGACUGGCGCCUCAGCCGCCGCUACCGGUCGCCGCGGCCUCGCAGAUCGUCGCGGCUCAGGCGCAGGCCCAAGUGCAAGCUGCCGCGGCCGCGGCCGCGGCUGCUCAGGUUCAGAACGCUGUCGCCGGAUACGGCAAGCUGUUCGCCACCGCCACGCCUGCAGCCGCCGCCGCAGCUGCGGCCGCGCCCGCCAACCCCUACCAGGGAUACUCGCUCACCAACGUCGACAUGUCCAGCUUCCAGGGUGUCGACUGGGGUUCCAUGUACGGAAUGGGCAUGUACGUUUAAACGCGCCGUGCGUCGUUGCUUCGGUCGCCUUUCCACGUUUUUUCCACGUUUUUUCGACGUUUUUUUCGACGAUCGCUCUGUUGCGCGAUCAAAGAUAUAUUCCGCAAACUCUCCGAUCUUCCGCCGCCGCCGCCACCAUCACCAUCACCACCGCCGCCGCGGACGCCGCGGACGCCGCGGAUCCCGCGUCGCCGACGACGCCAGUAAAAUACAUCGUUGUAUACCCGCGACCCACCGAGUAUCUCUUCUUAUCCGCUAUCUCUUCCACGCUACGUCACUAUUUCCUUUGCCCUAUCGAACGGUUCUCCGUUUUUUCCCUUCCUCGUCGAAGGGGCUUUCUUUUGCCUGUGAAUCGAGCACGAUUACCAUACCUCGUCGCCGGAAACUUUCGGGAUCGCUUACUUCUCCGUUUUCUUUUUUCUUUCUUUUCUAUUUUGCAACUUUCUCCUUUCCCUAUAUAUCUCAUCGCGCCUCGAUCCGCGACUUGGACGAGGCAACGCACCCCGAGAAUUAAUGAAAUCGCGAACUGCGGAAGAGACGUCGGAAACGAAGGGAGAAAGAGAGGAGCGAGGAGAGAACGGACAUGGAAAGAAACUCGAAAGCGUCGCAGAGUCCGAGGUGCGUCCUCGAGGCGGGCACGAGGAUUUUCUUGCCCGAAAACACACAGAAGUCAUUCUUCUUGCGUUUACUACUUACUCGUCAUUAUCGCUUGUCGAUUAAUUUAUUAGCGAAAGUGUGAGAGGCAGUGAGGAAAAGUGGGAGAAUAUUAUAUAUGCAUGUGUGCACGUGUGAAAGGGGGAGAGAGAGAGAGAGAGAGAGAGAGAGAGAGAGAGAAAAAAAAAAGAAGUCGCGCGUAAACUCAGUCGCAUCGCAUGUUUCGUUGCAAUAACCGUUCGUCCUUUCGUUCGCGAAUUUUGUUUCUAUUCUUUCUUUUUUUUU